AUGGUCAGCGCAGCCUAUUCCUCCUCCCGCAGCCCAGUAAAGGAGCCGUUGUCACCCCCCCGGGAUCCAGGGUGGUCCCCCAGGCCACCUGCGCUCCCCUCAGGGAUGGGAAGAGGGGACGCACCACCGACCUCACGCCCACUCCCACCCACGUCUGCCAACCCGGCCCACGAGCCACAGCCGCCACCCCCGAAACGGCAUGCCACGGGACCCCCAGCGGGCCACCAAGCCCAGGGCAGGAUCCCCUGCCGGAGCAGGCAACAUCCAGCCGAUAAACCGGCGCCCAGCCAGGGACCCGCAACGGAGCACAGUGCGGAUACCCAGUCAGAGAAGAGAGGGGAAGGCACCGCGGGGCGACGCGAGACCAGAGCCCCGACCUUCCGCCACUCGCUCGGCCGGCAGCCCAGUACAGCCCAGCCAACCGGGGGGGAGCGAGCGCGGCCCAAUUCUCAUCCCAAAGCUCCAGCAAAGGGGCUACCGCCAUCCGCCCAGGAACCAGGGCGGUCCCCCGGAUCAUCCUCGCCUUCAUUAACCGACCCUCGGGGAAGGCAUGAGGGGACACACCAGCGCUCCCUGCACCCGCCCCACCCGCCACCCAGACCCCUUAGCCAUUGCUGCAAGCCCACCAACCGAUGCGGCACACUGCGGGGCACCCACGGCCCGGAGCAGGACAGGACCCCCACCCGGAAGGGGCAACAUCCUGGCACCCAGCCGGCGACCUGUGCCAGGGCUCAAUGA